CCGGAGCCAUUCAACUUUAUAUUCAACUUAUAUUAAUGAAUUGAACUUCGGACACUUUUGUGAAGUUAAGCUAGCGCCACAAGUGCGUCCUUACAGGGUUGAUAACACCAGACCUCAUUCAAAUAACGUUCAAGAAUAGAUUUAACUUACUUAUCCUCUAGCUUUAAAAUAACUCAACCCAUAAUAUAAUGUACAAUAGUAAUGUAUGUGAGCUAAUAGUGAAUUCGGCCGAUAGCAGAAACAUUUAAACACGAGUUAAAACCAUUUAAGUCUUAUUCUAGCACAGCAUGUUGGCUAAAACAACAGCUCCGCCCCGGACUCCUGCCUUGACGAGCAUCUGCGUAACAUCUCAACAAUUUGCACAUUUAUGAAAGGAAGUAGCCCACAUGGGCGUCAAACAUAUGCCGAAUUAAUCCUGACAGCCUCUUUAUUCAUAUAUGUCGUAGAUGUUUUGCCCUUCGCUGUGUGUUGUCUCCAGUGUGACGUUUAAUGUCAGUGUCCACAUCGGUAAAUGAGGUUUGUCAUUGUACGCAGUGAGGUUAAGCCAAUCCCGUUAACUGAUUAAACGUCACUAAACUAGUUGACUGAAGUUCCUACAAACACAUUAAUAACAUUUUCUUCAUUCCUCUUGUUUGAACUCAUCAACAUGUUUUUAACUUCUACAUUAUAUCACAUGACUUUAAAAACCUGUUGAUCCAAAACUCUGAGAAACCAGCCUGAGGGAAGGAGCUGCUCAAAGCCUCUUCAGUUAGUUUCAAAGCUUUAGAUUUCAUCAAUAAUAAUAAAUAAUACAGAAACUCAGACACGUAGAAUUUAAAAGAAAGAUACACUAAAGAUUAAAAGUCAACAUUAAACAAGGUCGGUGCAGUCGCUGAUGUGUUGGAAUACUGAGUUUUAAUAGAAACAUGAUUGAGAAGGGUUCUAAUUGGCAGGAGGGUAGAGGAUGUGUUUAAAACAUGGACGUUGUGAUCGACAUGUUGAAACUCCAACUAGACGACUCUUUAUAAUAUUUACUUAAUAACUCAGGGCAUAGAAAAGGAUCAGAUGUGACGUGCAGAUAAAGGAUGUGAAAGGUGCACUUAAUCCUUAAAAAUGUCUGUGCUGGAUCAAAUGUGCUGGUAGGAGCUUGUGAGAGUUGAACAAACAGUUUGAAGGGAAGUUCACAUUAAAAGAUUCUAAUUCGAGUGGAAUGUAAAAUUAUGUUAAUUGGUUAUUAAGUGAUGAUGUGUUUGGGACUUUCCGAGUUCCUGUUCCGAUUUGAGAUAGUGUUCAUUUUAAUUUCAUGUCAAUCAUUACACAUGGACGUUUGAACAAACAUCAGUUUGAUGAGAACUACUUUAAGUGACAGAAACCAUCUUUGAAAAAACAUUUAUUUAACGUCUACUCUGAUUUUCUUUUAGUUUGGUGCCUGUCCUGUUUGCUAACAUGGAGGAGGUGGGGUUUAUUCUGCAGCCAGCCACCAGGGGGUGAUCAAGAUGAUUUGCCUUCACUGUGUACAUGGCGUUUCAGGCCAUGCUGAUUGUUCUGGUUGGUUCUACACCCGAGUACCACAUCGAGCAGCAGGACGACGCCGCGGCCGGACACCAGGAGCUGCACCAACAAGUCACCUUCACUGAGGACAUCGACUCCAUCGUGACCGAGUGGUUUCUGGUCAAGCAGCAGGCCUAUAAGGUCAGUCUCGCUGGAUCGCUGUUCUUCGCCGGCCUUUUGGUGGGAAACAUCGUCUUUGGGCCGCUCUCCGACAAGAUCGGGAGGAGACCGGUCUACUUGACAGGUCUGUUUUUUGAGGUGGUCUUUGGCUACAUGACGGCGUCAGCCCCCAACUACGAGGUCUUCGCCUUGUCCCGUCUUCUGGUGGGACUGAUGAACGGCGGCAUCGGCCUGGUCAGCUUCGUCCUCACUCAGGAGUACGUGGGCAAGUCCUACUGGGCCAUGACAGGGACAUUGACCAGUAUGACUUUUGCGAUCGGUAUUGCUCUAUUCGGAGCUCUGGGAUACUUCAUCCGGCCGUGGAGGAGUCUCGCCACGGCAGCCAACUCGCUUGGCGUCCUGUUCUUCCUUUUGUCCGUAACUCUUCCAGAGUCUCCUCGUUGGCUGUUUUGUCAGGGUCAGACAGAGCGAGCUGAAGAGGUUCUGCGCUACAUGGCGCUGAGAAACGGUAACUCUGCCAACCACCUGGUGCUGAAGCGAGUCGGCACCGCUAAAGCUGCUAACCAUGGCAAGACGGGCACGGGUGUCUUGCAACUGGUCCUCCAUCCGGUCCUGCGAAUGAGGACCAUGGUGCUCAUGUAUGUCUGGUAUGCGUGCAGUCUGGUGUACUAUGGUCUGACUCUUGGGGCCAGUCAAACCUCUGGUAACCGUUACGUUAAUGUGGCCAUGUACGGUUUGGUGGAGCUGCCUGCAUACCCGCUCUGUAUAUACUUCAUCAACAAACACUGGGCUGGGAGGAGAAAAAGCAUGGCUGGUUUCCUGUGUCUGGCCGGUACCGCCUGCCUCUGCACCACGUUCAUCCCUGAAAACACAGGGACGUUGCUGAGCGUCACGUCGUUGGCACUUCUGGGGAAACUGAUGGUCAGCGCUGCGUUCAACAUCGCCUACAUCUACACGUCGGAGCUCUACCCAACAGUUAUCAGGAACGCUGGUUUGGGGGUGUGUUCAAUGUCGUGCAGAGUUGGAGGAAUUCUAGCACCUUUUGUUCCGUCCAUGCGGGCCAUCCACACUUCCAUGCCCUUCACUCUGUUCUGUCUCAGCGGCCUCUCUGCAGGCUACCUCGGCCUCUUGCUUCCUGAGACCCUCAACGGACCCGUAGCCGAAACUCUGGAGGAGCUCGACAGCAUGACACGCAGCCGAGUGCUGGAGAGCAAGGCUCUUUUGUACGAGGACAACAAAUGGAAAUCAAACCACAAAUGAAGGUUUCGGUCUUCAUCGCAGCUGCAGCUCAGAGCAGCGAGACAGGACUGUCCACGCCUAAUUCCUUAUGGAACUGUUUGCCUUUAAACCUUUGAAGGGCCCCUUCAUUAACUCGAAGGACAUUUCAAACAGGGUGGUGCCACGGACACUCUGAGAUUCCCCCUGUUUAUUUAUCUAUAGGCCAGUAGAAACUCUGCCUUGAUUCAAUAUCCUUGAAUGACCUUGUGUUGUUGGUGCCUUUAUUUGGUGAUAGUUGAUCCGACAGGAUGGAUAUGUGACGCUUGUUAAGCUUCAGGAGAAGCUGCUUAAAAAAAGAGUGAGUGAAAAAUACUGGAUUAUUAAAAGCAAACGAGAUGAAAAACACAUCACACACUCGCUGAGUUUAAUCACAUUCCUCAAAAGACACUUCAUUUCCAGUUUGUGCACGUGUGUGCGCAUGUGUGCAUGGUGGCGUGGGGGUCAUCAGGAUUUAAUGUUGGGGAGAUGCAGCUUUACAGCAUCAGAACAGACUGAGGUCAGAUUAUGCAUUUUUUAAGUCAGAGUUUUAUGAGACUGAAACUAUAUCUCUUUAUGAUCUGAUGUGUACAGGAUGUUUCUGCCUCUCGCCCAGUGUUAGCUGGGAUUGACCAUAGCCAAAAAGAGUGAUGGACUGCCCCCCCUCCCCUCCACCACAAAGUGAUAUAAUUUAAGAUUUAAUGUCUUUGCCUUCUGUGCCUUUUCUUGUGUCAUCUUUAUUACCGAUGAAUCUACACUUUGCACCUCAAUUGUUUGAAAGAGAAAAAUAUGAUUCCUUGUUUAUAUUCAUGUAAUUAAAGAAUUAAGAAAACAAA